UCUCCACAGCAAAUUGAAUCCUGAAGUGCGUGGGCUGGAAUAAUUUAAGGAUAAUGACUGCAGUUAAGUCUAACGAGGCAUUUCCACACCAUGACAGACAGAGAUAAGCUCACGUUCAAGUCUGUUGAGUUUCUUAAUUUCUGUAACCGUUUGUAAAUUGAUUUUUUAUAUCGGAAAAGAACAUGUUGGAUUAUUAACGACUGGAUAUCCUUGGAUUAAACUGUUGAGGGCGCGUUCAUACAGAACAGGUGACUUUAUGUAAAAGUACAACAACUCCCUCAGGAUGAGAUUGUGGACUUUACUUGUCAUUAUCCCGGUGUGCGCAUCCUUUUCUCUGUCGGCCGAAACGUCUAAAUCCAAAACUGUGGAGAGCCGCUGCUUCGGACGGUCCUGUAACCCACGCAUGGGCAACCUGGCUCAGGGCAGAGUGCUGAGCACCCUGUCGGUCUGCGGCUUCAACUCCUCGGAGCCCUACUGUGUCUACAAAGAGACUGCUUCCCCUCGUAGCAGGGAGUCCUGCUCGGAAGUAAAAUGCAACAAGUGCAACUCUGCUAUCCCCAGCCAGGCGCACCCACCCUCCGCCAUGAGCGACUCCUCUUUCCGCUAUCCGGACACCUGGUGGCAGUCGGCAGAGGGGGUGAAGGAGGAGACGCUCCAGCUCGACCUGGAGACGGAAUUCCUUCUCACCCAUCUCAUCAUGGUGUUCCGCUCACCCCGCCCCGCUGCCAUGGUGCUGGAGCGCUCCCAAGACCAUGGGCACACGUGGAGGGCCCUCAGGUAUUUUGCAAGGGACUGUGUGGAGGUAUUUGGCCUGGCAGAGGGGUCACCAGCAGGCGAGAGUGGAGCAACUUGCACCUCCAAGUAUUCUGGAGCUUUCCCUUGUACCAGAGGAGAGGUGAUCUAUCGAGCUUUGUCUCCCUGGCACUCAGUGGACCCAUAUGGACCAGCCGCCCAGGACCAGCUCAUGAUCACCAACCUCCGAGUCCGCCUGCUUCAGCGCCAGCAAUGUCCCUGCCAGGCCAAACAUCCUGGUCCCGCUGUCCUGCCCACAGACCACUAUGCCAUCUAUGAUUUUAUUGUCAAAGGCAGUUGUCUUUGCAAUGGACAUGCUGACCACUGUGUACCAGCCGGGGGCUACAAACUCAGCCAACAGAAGACCAACAACAUGGUCCAUGGCAAGUGUGUCUGCAGACACAACACAUCCGGGGACCACUGCGAGCGCUGUGCACUUCUCUACAAUGACCAACCCUGGCAGGCUGCCAACGGCAUCAUAGGGACACCGCAUGAGUGCCAGAAGUGCAAGUGUAAUGGUCAUGCCAAGAGCUGUCACUUCAGUCGUGGAUCGUGGCUAGCGACAGGACGGCGGAGUGGUGGUGUGUGUGACGACUGCCGCCACAACACAGAGGGCCGACACUGCCAGAGCUGUGUGAAGGGCUUCUUUAGAGACUCCAGCCGCCCAAAAACCGCCCCUGAUUCCUGCAAAGCCUGUUCCUGCCACCCUGUGGGCUCCGUCCUCUCAGGAGGUAGCACUCUCUGUAACCCUAGCAGUGGGGAGUGCACUUGUAAGCCCGGUGUCGGAGGCCCACGCUGUGACAGCUGCAUGGUGGGAUACUGGGGACUUCAUGAAUACGGCUGCCGUCCAUGUGACUGCACAGGGGACUGUGACCCCUACACCGGAGACUGCAUUUCUGGCUCAGAUGUGGAGGUCUUCUAUACAGCCACCGGCCACAUGGGACACAGCAGCAAUAAUAGUGAGACGGCACUCUUUAGGGUAGAGGAGCUUUUCUCUGCACUGCACCACUCUGAGAAAUGCGAGUGUGUAGAAGUAACGCUUGGCAGCCCUAAACUCUUCUGUGCGGCAGAGUAUGACUAUGUGCUGGUGGUGAAGGUUAUGUCUGCUCACGAUAAAGGCUCCCAUGCGGAGGUGGAAGUCAAGGUCAGGAAGGUCUUGUACCAGAACCCUCAGAUGAAGAUCCAGAGGGGAAGCGUCACCCUUUACCCAGAGUCCUGGACCACCCAAGGCUGUACCUGCCCCAUCCUUAACCCAGGAUCUGAGUAUGUGGUGGCCGGUCACGAGGACUGGAAGAGCGGCCGACUGAUGAUCAACACCAAGAGCCUGGUUAAAUCGUGGAAGGCAACCCUGGGACGCAAAAUCCUCCACAUCCUCAGAAAAGACUGUGGCCGCCGGUAGGGCAUCGGCAAGAACCGCAGUGGACAGAGGGAUGGAGAGGCCGAGGAUAAUCUGUGACAUAUAGUGUGAAGAAUGAGCAGAGGCACUGUUCGAAUUCGGCUUUACUUUGACACUAAAAUGAAUCAAAAAACCCCCCUGCUUACUACAGGGAUUUCACAGUUUCUUCUGUCCACAGCCUUCAGGAACAGCUACAACGACACAGUGCUGGUUGUUUCUAACCUGUGGUACAAAUAAGCACAUACCUCGCCAGAUUUAAGAGUCAAAGAGAACAAAGCAAGCCAUAAAGACUUUCAUCUGAACAAAGACAAAGCUGAUGUUGGAUUUUUUUAUUCCUGUGUUACUGUAUGAUAAAAAGGUUAUGUAAUUAACAAUAAGGAAUGUGUGUUAAAUACUCAAUUACACUUUUAUUUCUCGCCCAAA